UGGUUUCCGUUGUACAGCAAAUUUAACAAGUCCAAUGUUAACUGUUAGCAAAGUCUUACGCUGCUCCCUAGCAGCUUUCCGAUACAACCAGGAGAGGAAUUUAAGUAACGCUGGUAAAGCGGCUCUGAGACCUGUUACUUUGAAAGGUCGAAGCUUUUUAACGUUGAGGGAUUUCAACCCAGAUGAGAUCAAACACAUUAUGUGUGUCUCCGCAGAUCUCAAACAGCGAAUCAAACAUGAGGGACAGUAUCUCCCACUCCUCCAAGGGAAAUCCAUUGGCAUGAUAUUUGAGAAGAGGAGCACGAGGACCCGCCUGUCCACAGAGACAGGUUUCUCUCUUUUGGGGGGUCAUCCGUGUUUCCUCACCCCUCAGGAUAUUCACCUGGGAGUGAAUGAGAGCACAAGAGACACAGCCAGGGUGCUGUCUGGAUUGGUUGAUAUAGUGUUGGCACGUGUAUACCAUCACUCCACUCUGGAGCAACUGGAUCAAGAAGCAUCUGUUCCCAUCAUCAAUGGUCUUUCAGAACUUUACCAUCCUAUACAGAUACUGGCAGACCUGCUCACUCUACAGGAACACUAUGGCUCUUUGAAUGGCCUCACUGUGACUUGGAUUGGUGAUGGGAACAACGUGCUCCACUCCCUCAUGAUGUCAUUGGCCAAAUUAGGCAUCAAUCUAAGAGUUGCAACACCCAAGGGAUAUGAGCCAGUUGCUGAUGUGGUAAAGGAAGCAGAGCGUCUGGCCAAACAGUUUGGUACAGAGCUGCAGUUCUCCUCUGAUCCUGUGGAGGCAGCGCGAGGCAGUAAUGUUCUUGUGACUGACACCUGGGUGAGCAUGGGCCAAGAGGAGGAGAAGAAGAAGAGGUUACAGGAUUUCCAUGGUUAUCAAAUCACCAUGCAGACAGGGAGUGUGGCGGCUCCAGACUGGACGUUCCUGCACUGUCUGCCACGCAAACCGGAGGAAGUAGAUGAUGAGGUUUUUUACUCGCCACGCUCACUUGUGUUUACAGAGGCAGAAAACCGCAAGUGGACAAUAAUGGGUUUGAUGGUGUGUCUGUUGACUGACUACAGUUCUCAGAUCAGAUUGAAUUUCUAAAGCAGCAGAACAGAACCUGGGUUCCCUCACAAGACUUUAAGGCCCUCUCUGGAAUACGUGUCAGAACUCCAACAAGCUUCAUUCCUCAGAAGAACCUGUAGACUUCUACAAACACUUGUUAUAGAACUUCUUCAAAACUCCUAAAAAUCCAUGACUGGUGAUGCCAUCACAGUGCCAGAGGGCUGACGUUAAAGGACUGGUUUAGAUCAAUAAAAUUUAGAUGUUUUGAUGGGCAUGUUUAUUCCACACUUCCCAUACACCAGCCUCAGUUCAUACACAUCUGUGUUUAGACCUGUACUCCAGUUCAGGCUUAGAAUUAAAGAUCUUUUGUCAUGUUUCUACCACAAGGGGAAUUAUUAUGCCUAACUUGAAGAUUUAAAAUUUUUAAUGUUUGCUAAUGUGCUUAGAAUAUUAAUAUAUGUAGACUGUUAAGACUGUUAUAGAUUGUUAUAAAACCCCAAGAAACAGAGGAACUAUUGUAAAACUUUAGAGGACAUCAUAGGGCUUUAUAGUUAACCUGGCUUCUCCCAGUGCAGUUCUCCUGAGGUGAGAUCACAGAGACAAUCCCGGCAUGAGACAGGCAAGUGCCUUAGUUUUGUUUUUUUGGGGUUUUUUUUCAAAUACUCUUGGUUUACAUUCACAUUCACAUUACUGUGUUCUGUGAAAAGUUCUUUUGCAUACACCUGCAGGACCACGUGUUUAAUUCUAAAUUGUUUUUCAGUGUAUUCUGACACUAACAAGAAA